CUACAACAACAACAACAAAAAAGGGCAAUAAAAGAGAAAAUAAAUAAAUAUUUUAAAAAGAAGGGGAAGUAGUAAAGAACAGAACUCUGUCAGGACAGAAGACCCACACAUAUACUCCCUACACAUCCUACACACACACACACACACACACACACACACACACACACACACACACACACACACAUAGGGAGAGGAAGCAAGCUAGAAAUAUAUUUGGAUUUGCGCCUCUUAGGAAUCUAAAGAAAGUAAUCAUCAACAGAUGGAGGUACAAAAGCAGCAGAAGCUAAAGAAAACUUAGUAAACUUAGUAUCUGGAAUAGCUGACAAGAUAGAAUCCCAAAAUGAGAGAGCUGUAAUCAAACAGCUAUUUUCUCUACUGAACAGAAUCAGCUCAGCUGUAUAGCACAGCUCAGCUGUAUAGCACUUUUCAGCACUAAAAAAAAAUCCAUGAGAACAGAAAACUAAGUUGUAUUACUCAGUUAUACAAUUAUAUUAAUAUAUAAUAUGUUGGUAUUAUAUAUUAAUAUAUAUAUACAGAGAGACAGAGAGAAAUGGAGAGUAGUUGUAUACUAAUCUGAAACAGAAGAAUUCUGAGAACAAAGCCAUGCAGAAAAAUCAGACAGGCAGGGGGACCCAGAAGAGACUAGCAAAGUCAGUUAAGUCAUCACAUUCCAUUAGAAACACCCAGAUGAAACCAGAUGAAAAACACUCACUCCAACAGUACUACUAAAGGAUUGUGGGAAUCACUGAAUUCUGAGACACUGCAAGAGAUUGUAUUUGAAAUAUGGCUCAGAGUGACUUCCUCUACCCAGAGAAUCCAAGAAGGCGGCAGGAAGUUAACCGCCUUCACCACCAGCUCUUUGACUGCUUAUCUGACAGCUUUCAUGCCACCAACAAGUUGAUUGAGGUUUUAAAUGUGCACUUGGGGUGCAGACUGGCCUUCAUUGAGAUGAAAAGAGAUGGGACCAUCAAACAAAACUGUGAUAUUAUAAUCCAAGCAGUGACGAAAAUCCAAAAGGAAUUGCAAAAAGUUGAUGAGGCCUUAAAAAAUAAACUAGAGCCAACCCUUUAUAGAAAACUGCAGGACAUUAAGGAAAGAGAAACAGAGAAAAUUGCAAUAGUACAAAAGGUUAUUUCAAUCAUCCUGGGAGAAGCUACUUCUGCAGCCAGUGCAGUGGCUGUUAAACUCGUGGGCUCAAAUGUCACAACUGGCAUUAUUAACAAGCUGGUCACUGUGUUAGCUCAAAUUGGAGCAUCUCUCCUUGGCAGUAUCGGAGUAGCAGUUCUUGGCCUCGGCAUAGAUAUGAUUUUCCGUGCCAUCCUGGGAGCAGUGGAGAAAACACAGCUUCAAGCAGCCAUCAAAAGUUAUGAGAAUCAUCUGGUGGAAUUCAAGUCAGCCUCAGAAAAAUAUCAUCAUGCCAUUGGUGAAGUCACCAACAUGGUGAAACACCAAAUGAAAUAAACAAUUAUCAGUGGAAUAGCUUUCUGCUUCUCUCCUAAUGAGUGUAUUUGCUUCUUUGAUUUGGCUCAUUUUCCAGAAGCUUUCAAUAUGGACAUAAAUUUGGCAAGCAACUCCAAAAGUGGAAUUUGAGAUGCUAAAACUAAGUAACCCUAGAGGUUUGUAUCAACAAUUAAUGCCUAGACCAGUGAAGAUGUAUUCCUCCUUUGAUCCACCAGAUUAACAAUAGUGUACAUGAUGUUGUGAAGUAUCAAGAUAUAGGAGUUACCUUGUUUUUUCUAAUCCCCCAGAUCUAUACAAUUCACAUUGAAUGUAGAGAAUAUUGACAUAUUUACCACUACCUUCAGAGAUCACUUAUUCUAAGAGGACAUACCUUAACUUCUACCAAGAAACAAACCCUGAACUAUCUUAAUUUUGACCAUCAGUUUAAAUACUAUCUUAAUUUUGACCAUCAAUUUAAAUUCAACUUUUUAAUAACUAAAAAGACUGAAAUACAGUUUAUAACAAUUUAUCCUAUUUAUGAAAGGCUGAAAUAGUUCUGAACCUUCUCAUUACACACCAAAAUCUGGAUGUUUUUUAAGAUCUUAAAAUUAAAAAAAAAAAAGUAAAAUAUUCUGUUUCUAUGAUUGCUAUUAAUUCUAACCAACUGUAAUUAAGUAUUUCAUGGGAGUGAACACUCUGGAACAUUUGGACUGGCGAGAUAACUUAUCUGGAUAGUACAUCUGAUUUGUCACAUGC